ACUCUAGGGGCCUGUCAAGUCCCGAGAGGUGUUGAGAAGAGAAGGGAAGAUCUUACCAUGAGCCGCCGGCGCCUAGCGAUGAUCCGGAAGAAGCUAAAGUAGUCUCCUCUCCAGCGCACUUCCUUGAUACUUUCGUACACAAUUUCCUUUAGGGGCCAUCGACCGAGGAUGAAUCGCUGCGCGACGACGUCGCUUCCUCCAGCGGUCUCGGACGAGGAGGAAGAUCUGAGGAGCAACAGCAGCACCGCCUCGGUGGUGUCCUCCUCCUCGUCCUUGCAUCUCCAUCACCAGGCACAGCUCCAGCAGCCAACUCCAGCUCCGCAGAUGGCCGCUCUAGCCAGCUCUGGAAGAUCGAUCCGCAGGAAGAAGAAGCGCGACGAUCUGUGCGACGCAUGCAAGGCCAAGAGCGCGCUCUGGUUCUGCCCCGCCGACGAUGCCUACCUCUGCCACUCCUGCGAUCAAUCCGUGCACUCGGCCAAUGCUUUCUCGCUGCGCCACGAGCGCGUCAGCCUUCAAGUGGAGGCCGUGGAACCCGUGAAGACGAACUCCUCGGCCGCCUCCAAGAAAGAAGAGGAUGCCUGCCAGGAGCAGGAGAAGGAUUCGUGGGAUUCUUGCGGCAAGAACAAGCGGCCGCGCCGAAAUAUCUCCUUCUCCUCCCCAAUCUGCAAGAACAACAGGAUGAUCAAGCCUUUGGACGAGGAGACGACGUCGCAGCGCCAGGUUACCGGUGAGAAUGAGUCGUCCAGUCCAUCGCAAUCGCCAGAGGGCUCCAAGAACUGCAACAGCCGCGAGGAAGGGGAGAAUCGCCGGCGAGAAGAUCAACACGAGGAGGAAUUGGCGCACACGGUGCCGGUGUUCGUCCAGCCAGUGGAGCCGGAUCGAUCGAGCGAGGAGGACAAGGAGCAGCAUUCGCACUCGCCAGCGUCUGGAAUCGCGACGGAUCUGGGAGAUUGCGACGAGGAAUCCGACGAUGCCGGCGACAUCGAUCGCUUCCUCAACGCGGAUCACGUCCUGUCCGAGGACGACGAUUACUCCCAUCCGCAAGAACACAAGAGAGAGGGCCACGACCAUGCCGAGCAAGGGCGAGGCUUGAUCGUGGCGCCCACGGCCGCCACGUGCGAGGAUCUCAACGGCCUCCUGGGCCUAGGGAGCAAUUCCCUGGAGGAGCUCGUGGACGACGAUGGUGACGAUGACGACGAGCAGCGCUUCGACUUUGCGAUCCGGAAGAACCAGGCGAUGCGCAAGCAGCAGCGCAUUCCAGAAUUCGGCAACCUGGGGAUGGACGGCAGCGAUGGUGAGGGUGGAUUCCACCGCGGGAGGGUCAAGGCCGAGGAGCACGACCCCUACAUUGUAGGGCUUGGGGAGGAGGAAUUUCUCAAGCCAUGCCGGGAGGGCAUCCUGGGCGAGAUUUUAGGGCUCAAGCUCGGGGAGAGCUGCUACGACCGCGAUCUCCAGCAGAUGCACGCCCAGCAUUUGCAGCGCCGGAUUUGCCUCCGCCUGGAUUACGAGGACGUGCUGAAUGCGUGGUCGGAUCGGCGGCCAUUUCUCACGGAUUCCAGCUCCGCGGCGAUGGCGGCAGCGGCGGCGGGGCGAAUCAAUCAUCAGAUGCCAGAGGACUCGACAUCCGACGCUGCAGGCAGCUCGGAUGUUGGUGUCGUUCCAGACUUGAGCAGUGCGGCGAGCCGGCGAAGCGGACGGCCGUGCGCGGUGGAACAGGCAGGCCGAGUGCCAGUGGUGACGCGCAUGGAGCUCCACGACGGGCCAAAUGCGGAAACACCAGGAGGAGGAGAAGCGGCGGCAGCAGCGAUUGGAGCAAUGGCAGCAAGCACAGGAAGCGGAGGACGCGAGGCACGGGUGUCCCGCUACCGCGAAAAGCGUCGGACUCGCCUCUUCUCCAAAAAGAUCAGAUAUGAAGUCCGCAAGCUCAAUGCCGAGAGGCGGCCUCGGCUCAAGGGUCGUUUCGUGAAGAGAUCGCCAGUUGGUUGAAGUGCGAGCAGUCGCGCUCAUGCUUGUCACCGUCAUCUCCCUCGGCUGUGAUGAAGCGAGCCAAUAACUUCUCCCUUCGUGAUCGAAAGGAGACAAAAGUGCCGCCGCUGCGUGCUCAAAAGCUCGCUCUGCUGCUCUUGGAGAUCCAACAGCGGAAAGCAAAAAAAAGUGACAAAUAACUUUAACUCUGGCCGCGGGAAGCGAAGACGACGCGCCUCGACGAGGGGCUCAGUGCACUGCUGUGUUUGUACAGACGAGGAAACAAUCCAUUGGCGUGAAGACUGUGAAGUGGGAACACACUCUACGGAAUGUUUUAAGAGCCACCUCCUGCAGCAAGGAAGAAAAGAAAACUCGACGUCACCAAAGCAUGAACUCACGCUUACAUCAGUCCAGUCACUGCUGCUACUGCUGUGCAGCCUUGUCCAUCUAGAGCUGUGUAAUAAAAAUCCUGGCCUUUUCUAACAAA